AUGCAUGAAUCAAUUACCACUCUCUUUUCUUCUCAAUCCAAUGAGGCUGAAAGAAUGAUUCAUGAUGAAGAACCUAAUGACGACGAGAUCAUGGUUCCCUUUGCUGAUCUUCAGUUUUAUCCUAAGGAGGAGAAUGUUCCUGAUAACUUAAUCAUGUUAGCAAUUCAUUCCAAGAGCUUUGACUAUGAUAUUCAGAAGCUUCGUGACGUUGCAAAGGAAUAUCAUGAACUCAUUGUUGAACAAGUGACAAAAUUGAAUGAAUCUAUGGAUCUCAAAGUUGUUGGCCUCAAAUCCAAGUUGUCAAAAGAAGUUCAGAAAGUUGAGCAAAAAUAUACUUUGUUGCAUAGCAAAGUCGAUGUCAUCGCGACUGAUAUCACUAAUUUGGUUGAGUUUAAAACUGAGUAUACGGACAAGCUUGAAGUGAAGUUAGAAAAGGAUUCUCAAGUGUUUGAAAAUAUGGAACAAUUUUUAUCUGGUUUCAAGGAGUCUAAUUCGAAAGUUGAACCUUCAAACCAAUCAACAAUCUGUCAAGCACCUAUUUCUCAAAUUAUUUUGAAUAUUGAGUCCAAUAUCAAAUCAGAUCUUGCUCCAAUCCUUAAUUUGGUUCUUCAUUUACCAAUACUGCUCCACGUGCAGUGCAACUAUCACAAAGGGUAG